UUAUCUGAUUCAUUUACGUGACUCUUCUGUCUGACUUCAUCAAACAAAGCAAAGCAAUAGUGUCCGUUCAUCAAUUAUAUCACUUAUCUCCUCUUGUUACUCUCUUCCUCCCCCGACAAUGACUCACACUUCAAUCAGGUUUGGAAUCAUUGGCUGCGCCGACAUAGCCCGCAAAGUCUCCCGAGCCAUCCUACUUGCACCCAACGCCACUCUCUCUGCCGUCGCCAGCCGCUCCCUCCACAAAGCCGCCGAUUUCGCCAAGCCCAAUGGCUUCCCCCCUGAAGCCAAGAUCUACGGCUCUUACGAAUCCCUUUUGGACGAUCCUGACAUCGACGCCGUCUAUAUGCCCUUACCCACAACCCUUCACCUCAAGUGGGCUGUACUGAUAGCUCAGAAGAAGAAGCAUUUGCUAACGGAGAAGCCCGUGGCUCUCAAUGUGGCAGAGUUUGAUGAGAUAGUAAGGGCUUGUGAGGAAAACGGAGUUCAGAUUAUGGAUGGGACCAUGUGGAUGCAUCAUCCAAGGACCCACAAAAUGAAGGAGUUUUUACAAGAUAAGCAGCGCUUUGGUCAGCUUAAAACUGUGAACAGCUGCUUCACAUUCUUUACCGACCCCGAUUUUCUCAAGAACGACAUCCGUGUGAAGCCAGAUCUCGACGCACUUGGUGCUCUCGGUGAUGCGGGGUGGUACGGGAUCAGGUCGAUCCUGUGGGCAGCCGACUACGAGCUGCCCAAGACCGUAACAGCCUUGCAAGGAGCUGUUCUUAACGAAGCAGGGGUGAUACUAGAUUGUGGGGCUUCACUGCAGUGGGAGGAUGGCAAAAAAGCAACCUUCCAUUGCUCUUUCUUAACUAGUUUGACAAUGAAUAUCACUGCUAUAGGAACACACGGAACCUUGCACCUCACGGAUUUCGUCAUUCCUUACCAAGAGCAGGAGGCCUCUUAUACUGCAUCCGCGAAGCCCGGAUUCAACGAACUCGUAACAGGAUGGGAGCCGCUUCCGAGCGAGCAUACGGUUACCGUCGAUCUGCCCCAGGAAGUAUGCAUGGUGAGGGAGUUUGCUACCUUGGUUCAAAAUAUUAAAAAGAAGGGCGCGAAGCCGGAUAUGAAGUGGCCUACGAUCAGCAGGAAGACACAAUUGGUUUUGGAUGCUGUCAAGGCAUCCAUUGAGAAAGGUUUUGAACCUGUUGAAAUUGUCAAUUAAUGUGCUAUAAUCUAUCAUUUUUCAAUUUUCUUGUAUCAUGAGACUGAGAGUUUUGCAUCAAACGUGAACUUCAUUCAGUGGGUAACUCCAAACUACUUUGGUUUGUGCAAUAAUAAACCAGAGGACAACCUCAGACUGUCAGGUUGGAAUUAUGGAUUUUGAUAAUAAACUAUUUAGAAAUGUAGCUUAAUUUUA